AUCAACCUUCCCUUCCCUUAGAAUUUGGUUGCUUCUUUUGUGUGUUCAAAUUUUUAAUACAAUAAGCUUGCAUUUUAUCUUUCUGUGCAAGAACCGACCAAAAGUUUGGAAUCUCUGAUUAGUUUAAGGCGUUGAUGAGAUCAAAAUCAAAAUGGGGUUUUGAUAUUUUGAACUUCCCCGUUGGGCCAAAUCUUCUCUGGUUGUUGUGAUGUUGAGAUAUAUAUAUAAAUAUAACCACCUAUAACUAAUAGGAGCUCUUCUCUAUCUUCUCUUAAAUGUGGUCUGUUUAUGGCAUCUACAAACUCUGCUUGGCUUUCAUGUUUUAGCGUGGAUUCAAGAAUAUUUGUGUGUUUGGAAUGUGGAUUUGAGCUAACUCUGCCACCAAUCUAUUCUUCUCACUUGGUUCAUAGAACUGUAGCUGUAAUAUGUGUGUCACACAUCAUUUCUCAAAGCUUUAGUUUCUCAGAACUGUUCUGUUAUUCCCAUUAAUUCAAUCAUUCUCUUCGUUUGCCCUUUGAAUUGAUUCUCAUAACAAUUUCUUCAUUUUUCGCCUCAGGAAAGGAUACCAAUACGCUUUAUUUUAAGUCAAAUUCCAUUUUUUUCCAGCAUUCUAACGAAAUUUUUUGGUUAUCACUUGAUUGUCUAUCUCAUUUCAUUCAACUUCCAAAGUUCCAAAUUCAGCUUCAUUCCUUCUUCCAUAAGAAAGUGUGAAAACAUUUCUUCUUCUACAUCAAACCAUUAAUCACAUAUAGAUAGUGAACAAUCAGAAAAGUAGAAGUGACAGAAUGAGUUUUAUAACAGGAUCUCCCAAAGAUACCUGGCAACCAGUCAUGACUGCCAACACAACCCUUUCCAGUUACUGGCUUAAUUGGAGGUUCUUCCUCUGUGCCACUUGGGUCUUAAUCUUGAUGAUUACUGCAUCUAUUCUCAUAUGGAAAAAUGAACGUCGUUGCAAAGUGGAACGUGAUAGUGGAGAGAACAAGCAAGAAGCAGAAGCAUCUUUGUAUGAUGAUGAAACUUGGAGGCCAUGCCUGAAAGGAAUCCACCCUGCCUGGUUGCUAGUUUUCAGACUUUUUGCUUUCAUUGUGCUGUCGGUGUUGCUUGCAAUUGCAGUCUUGAUGGAUGGAGGCAGCAUAUUUUACUACUAUACCCAGUGGACUUUUACUUCAGUCACAAUUUAUUUUGGGCUUGGUUCCUUGCUCUCCAUGCGUGGAUGUUACCAAUAUCACAAAAGAGUUGGUGGUGAUAAGGUUGAUAUUGUAGAGGCAGAUGCAGAGCAAGGAUGUUGUGUAACUUCAGCACUUGGAAAAGGAUCUAAUACUUCCAUGGCUAUGGAAAGCUCAAACUCCCAUGAAAUACUUGAUGUCCGCCAACCUGCAGGGAAAUGGGCUUUCAUCUUUCAAAUCAUUUUUCAGAUGAAUGCAGGGGCUGUUAUGCUCACGGACUCUGUCUUUUGGUUCGUCCUUGUCCCGUUUCUUGCAAGCAAAGAUUACCAACUAAAUGCUUUGAUUAUCAGUAUGCACUCACUCAAUGCCGUUUUCCUACUUGGUGAUACUGCUUUAAAUUGCUUGAGGUUUCCGUUGUUUCGGAUCGCGUAUUUCUUCAUCUGGACAAUAGUAUAUGUCCUAUUCCAGUGGAUUGUCCAUGCCUUUUUCAGACUUUGGUGGCCAUAUCCAUUCCUUGACUUGUCAUCUCCGUAUGCUCCUUUAUGGUACUUAUCUGUAGCAGUGAUGCACAUCCCCUGCUAUGGUGCUUUCGCUUUUAUUUUAAAGCUCAAAACACAGUGUUUUCAAGAUGGCACCCAGAGUCCUAUCAAUGAUUGAGGUAGCUGGAGUUGAUAACUUAGAGAGCCAACACAGUUUCAAAGAAAAUGUGAAUUUCUGUGCAGCAAGUUGUGGUAGCAGAAUAGAAGUGAACAAAAGACCGGCGUUAGCAUAAGAGACUGAUGGCAUCCUUGCCCUGACAAAUCAUUCCGUUAGUAAUUUUUGGAAGAUUAUAAAAUGGUCAAACAAGAAAGCAAUUUUCUUAAUCUGUAUAGCCAUUGUUAGAAGAGUGGCGUGGUUGUAACUACAUGCUGAUACUGGAAGGGAUUAAAAGAGAAAUUCUUAUUCUCUCA